AUGGAGACUGAAUUACAAAAACAACUGGAAGAGCUCCGAAGCCGCCAUCAGGAAAUGAUUGAUCGGAGAAUGGCGGAACUCGAAGCUAUUAAAGAACUAUCAGUUCAGGCCGAAUUUUCAAAUUCAAAUAUUCCAAUAAGUCCUGUUAAGCAAACAAAGAAAGUUCUUUUAUCCAUGACUUCUCCAAGCGAAACUGUAGAAUUUGCUCCUAAGGAUUCUGCACAAAUUAAAAAGGUUGCGAUUUCUACACAAAUUGAAAAUCAAAUUCCUAUUAAUGAUGACCAGCAGAAACCUCAAUCAUAUUACGAUCAAACUACUGUACUGGAACUAGACCAAAACUCAGUUUCUUUUGAAAAUAUUAAUAACACAGAUUCAGAAGUAAACGAAACUAUCAAUAUUGAAACAUCAAACACAUCAGAAUUUCGCAAAAUAUGGAGCGAGCCGGCAGUUGUUCGCUAUGUUGCUUCAGAUUGUUGUUGGAAAGGUCAUGAAUUUUACGUAUCUUAUAAGACAAAUCUAAAAGACAAGCUCGGUUUUAUUCUCAAGCGCGACAUCAACAAUAUUUCGCAGUCAGUUCGUUACGAUUGCCCAACACAACCAACAUGCAUCGCAAUGGUCCCACAUUCAUCAGAUUGCUUUGUUGUUGGUGGAAAUACAGGACUUAUUUACCUAUACGAUACUCGCGAGAAGCAAAAUCCAAUUGCUCAAAGCCAAAGAUGGAAUAAAUGCCAUUGUUCACAGAUUGUUGGACUUAUUUUUGUUAAAGAUCGUAAUUUACUAUCAGUUGCCGCCGAUGGAAGUGUUUACAUGUGGGAUAUUGAUGCCUUGGCCUCUCCAUUAGAUACAGAUUUACAUAUGUCGAGAUACAAGCUUCAAGGUGCUAGACCAACCUGCGUAACAUAUACAGAUAUAGGUAAUAUCCUAAUCGGAUCCGAGGAUGGCUCAGUUAUCUCCAAAGGAAAGACGAAAAAUGAAGAAACAAAAAUUCAGCAAUAUGAUGGAAUGAUUACUUCCAUCGAUUUUAGACCAGGAUCGAAAGGCCAGAGGAGCGCAUAUUGCAUAACAACACUUGACGGUGUCGUUGAAGUCCGUUCUGAUAGCAAAUCCCUUAAAAAGAUUGUUUCAUUGACGGAAUCAUACGUUUCAUGCUGUUGGCAGCCUAAUCCAAGGCUUUGUUUUGCUGCAUGCAGGUCAGAUGGGUUCGUUACUCUCGUAGAUGUCCUUGAAGACUCAAAUGCAGAACUAAAUGUGAAUUUAGAUUCUAUUGCCACAUGUUGUAAAUUCUCGAACGAUGGAAAAUAUUUGUUUGUUGGUACAAUUGAUUCCAAUUCACAUAUCCUUUCUUGUCCUAUUACUGUUUCUGUUUGA